AUUCCAGCGUGCAACACAUCUAUAGGGCACCCGCAACAGAACCCUAGCCUCAUACUCAUAGCUAGGAUGGUGUUGGUCUCAGGCCACCGUCCGUGGUUGUCGCUUUACAACAACCUGGUGACAGUUCCUAACAAGGAGAUACCCGAGUCGGAGCAGGUGGAGCUCGCGCCGAUACAGCGAGCGCUGCCCAAUGAAAUGCUUGUGAAGAUAUUCUCCCAGCUGGACCCCUACUCGCUUGGCAAAGCUGCGCUGGUAUGCCGGCAAUUCCGCAGCCUGCACGAGCACCCCCGGCUGUGGGAGCGGGCCUGCUACGACGCCUUCCACCUGGCCAUACCCGACACGCGCGAGCUGCACAAGCUCAUGGCCACCCAGUACCGGUUCUCCUGGCGCCGCAUGUUCAUCCAGCACCCGCACCUGCGCUUCGACGGGCUGUACGUGGCUCGCAACACGUACGUAAAGACGGGUGUGGUGGAGUUCACCAGCCACCGGGCUGUGCACCUGGUGUCCUACUACCGCUACUUCCGCUUCCUGCCCGACGGCACCUACCUGUACCGCACCAGCCCCCAGAUACUGAACAAGGUGGCCAAAUCCAUGUUCGCGCCGACGCCCGGCCUCGUGCCCGCCAAGCAGCAGCAACAGCAACAGCAGCAACAGACGCAGGAGCAGGCGCAACAGCCGCCGCCGCCACAGCAGCAGCAGCCUCACGGUGGCAAGGAGCGGGCGGGCGGCUCGGCUGCUGACAAGGGGCCUGUGCUGGCGGGUCGCUACACGGUGCGCGGCUCCAAGGUGCACUGCGCCCUCAUCUACCCCAACAGCACAAGCACCGAGCUGCGCAGCCGCCUGGUGAUUCGCUCCACGCACCCGGGCGCCUGCAACCGCCUGGACAUCGAGGCCAUCACCACCUACGACCGCGAGCUGGGGGCGGAGAGCUCGCUGCUGCCGCCGCCGCCCAGCCAGCCCGACGACCCCGACCCCGCCGCCGCCAAGGCGCACAGCCGUGGCCUGGCGCCGUGCAUGUUCGUGGCGUGGGAGGACGUGGCGGUGCACCCGCUCAACCUGCCGCCCAGCCAGAUGGACUACAUGCUGGUGUGAGGGGCAGGGUGUGGGCGGCUGGGGGCUGGUCGUGUCUGGAGGGGGAGGAGGUGUCAGCCUGUCAGGAGAGGAGGAACUGGAGUGGCAGAGCGGGAGUGGCAGGAGCAGGUGGGGUUGGUCGGCCAGGAUGCGGGGGACGACAGCAGCGCGUGGAGCGGAGUACGUAUGGAACUCACCAGAACCGCGGCGUGUGAUGACAGUCGCGUGGGGUGGCGUUGAUUUCGGGGGGCAGGUAUUAGCGGCACUCGCCACAUCACGUUUGCCUGGAUUGACAAACAGGCCAGACGCGAGGAGGGUAAAGGCGAGAGAAGGCGUAAGGCUAGCAUGCGACUGAGUGGAGUGAAUUGAGAGAUUGGGGUGAAUUGAGAGAGUAGAGUGAACUGAGAGAGUGGAGUGCAGCCGUGUAGUGCUGAGAGGAGCGUUGAGUCCACCAUCGUGGACCGUACGAAAGCCAAAAGCAGAGAGGAGGGGGGUUUCUGAUUCUGCAACAGUACGGAUCUGUUUUAGUAAGUGCUUAAUGUGCUUAAUAACGCCGCGGUUGGACCCGUGAGUGUAGCGCGUUCUGCUCGCCUGGGACAGCCUGGGACUCCCCUGGGGACUCUAGUCCGCCCGUGCUUUGUAUGCCUGUGAGGUGGCUUCUCGGCUUCAAACGUGGCUUCGAGUUGCCUCGUUUAGUAGCAUCGUCGAUAACUGUGAGUGUCAUUGCGAGGUGCGGCAGUUUGUAGUGUGACUGUGUGAGCUACUCGCUCACGUUGCCGGGAGACACCGCCAUCGUGUUGAGGAGAAACUUGUG